UGUGAUCCAGGGCUAUCAUGAGAGCUACCCAAUCGCAGAGGGCCAUCGUGGCUUCAUCAGUGAUGCCAGACUUCUGCAGAUGCAGAGAGCUGAAAGAGAGGCCAUGGAAGCAAAGCAAAGAAAGAUAAGUGCUAUCCAUGAGAAUUAUGUCCGGACUGCUCUCAUCAGGGUUGGCAGCACCUUCGCGCACCACUUCGUCCCCUCUAUUCAGUGCAUUCCGCGGCCGAAAGCUCCACCGAGGCCUUUGCCACGAAGGCUUGAGCACAUAGCUCUGGCCCCACUGAAGAACGUGGUGGGGGUGGACGGAGCCCAAGUUCGACCCGGAUCUCACUCUCUGGAGUCCAUCCAGGUAAAUAAGUCAUUCAGCAGCAGUAGCGUGUGGCCUGUUCCCGUCCCUCCCACUGCAGCUCCCUCCAAGAGGGGCAAGAAGAAGAAGGGCAGGCAGGGAGUCAAAGCCCUGAAUGUCCAGUCGGACCAGGGCUGUGCUGACAACAAUGGACCCAUUGACCUGAUGGAGGAGGUGAGGGACAUCGAGGCUCACCUGAAGGAGGAGGACUGGAAGGUGGUACAUGAGGUGAAGGCCAUGGGCAGGAGAAGUUUGGGCUCGGCCAUGUCCACGGGGGAAAUAGCAACCAGCUCUCUGGGAAGCCUGAGCUCAGUGGAUAUGAACACCCCUGCGGAGCUCCGUGACUACUUGGAUGUCGGGACCCCGGUCAAGUCGCUUGACAGCCCACCCAGGCCUGCUCCCCCUCCUACCAAGCCCAGGAGCAAACAGCCUCGGCCUAUAAGGUUCCUUAGCCUGCCAAAGGCUGCCACCGGCUCAGACAAGAUGGCAGCCAGUGAGCCAAAGGGUCAAAUUAAGAACCAGGUCAGAUUGCAGCCCCUGUCCAACCCAGAGCAGGCUCUGACUAAGACCUUCAAGCUGCUCCACUCUGCCUCUGAUGACUGGGAGAAGAAGAUCGAGGGCUUGACCUUUCUCCGUGUGAUGGCUCAGAACCACAUGGACAUACUGAUGCCUAAACUCCAUGAUAUCUGUCUUGCCAUUAUAAAUGAGGUGAAGAACCUGCGCUCUGCAGUGUCCUGUGCUGCCAUGGCCACACUGGGUGAUAUGUACGUCCACCUCCAGAGGGCCAUGGACAGUGAGGUGGAGGGGACGGCACGCGUGCUGCUGCACAAAACCAGCGAGGCCAACACCUUCAUCCGGCAGGGCGCCAACUUUGCCCUGGGUCACAUGGUGCAGAGCUGCACCCCUACCCGUGUCAUGAAUGCCCUGCUGGUUGGUGGGCUGAGCCACCGUAACGCUGCGGUGAGGAGCUGCACUGCUCAGCACCUGGAGAGACUGGCUGAGGUCAUGGGGACGGCUCGUCUCCUGUCGGGGAAGAAAGACCUCACUGACCGUUUCUUGAUUGCUGUCAGUAAACUGGCUGUGGACCCUUCACAGGAAGUCAGGCAUCAUGGUCGGAAUAUCUUGAGCAACAUGGCCACCAAUGGCGACUUUCCUAAAAUGUGGGACAAAUUUGCUCCGAGGAAAGAGAGAGAAUCCUUGAGGGAGGUCAUCUCAAAGGUUAACCUCAAAGAAAGGCGCAGCAGCACACUGCCCUCCAAAGCCUGCAAAAUAAUCGCUGGACUGCCCCUUUCCUAGCUCUGCAUGGAACAUCCAGUGUCACGUCCUUGGUGACGUGUGGGGUGACAUCCGGGAUGACCACAGCAACAUCCCCUGGAAAGGGGAAAAAAGAGGAUCAGGAUGUAAACAAAUGC